CGGUUGCGUUCUCCAAGAACGGGAGGGAGGGAAAGCGCAGAGGAAAGUAAUGGCCACGCCACUAUGGCGCGUAGUGCUAGCUCGAGCUCCAGCUGUGAAGUGAGAAAUGUGUGUCGUCGAGGUGUUUCGGUAGCAGAUCUGCGCUGCGAGUGAAUCAUGACUGCCAGCAGCAUGCAACUGAACCGGGAGACGCUGCCUCUCGAAGAGGACGAACUGGCAAGGCUGUCCCGGAAGACUCCGACGGAGAUCAUCCACAGUGGACACUUUAUGGUAUCCGACAUCGACGAUGCAGACAACACGGACGAAGUGGCCCGCGCCAGCGAGUCGGACUGUGCGACCGAAGUGCCCAGCUCACUGGCCACCCCUCUGGAUGAAGCCGUUGAAGAGAUUACUUUUGACACAGACGAGGGAAUGGAAGUGGACAAACAUUUCAAGCCCCCGUGCCAUAUAGCCAUCGACGGUUCGCUGACCAAGCUCUUCGAGUGCAUGACUCUGGCAUACAGUGGCAAGCUGACAUCGCCUAAGUGGAAAACCUUCAAAGGACUGAAGUUGCGCCUGAAGGACAAGAUUCGUCUGAACAACAUCAUCUGGCGAGCUUGGCACAUGCAGUUUGUCGCUAGAAGGAGUCCCUAUGUGUGCCAGUUUGCAUCGCCACUUGAAGGAGACACUCACAACAAACCUGAGGCCAUUGUCAUGGAGGGCAAGUACUGGAAGCGCAACUUCGACAACAUCACCGCCGAGUACAAGAAGUGGAGAAUGUUCUUCUGCAAAAAGAACUCGCGGUUUAGGACUGGGGAUGACUCCAGCACUAAUCCUGUAGACUUGGACCUCCGCUGGCUCUCUCAUGGAGGUUCAAUGGACGAAGACUUCUUUAUGGACCUCUCAGAGAGCCUCUUCAGCAGCUUGAAUCAACCCUUUGACUUCCCAAACCCUAGGGAGAUCGCUACGAGGGCUGGCAUAGCCGAUUUCAUUCAGCCAGGCCUUAUUCAGCUGCAGCCAGCAUUUGAGGACUUCAUGGACACACUGGAACCUCUUUCAGAUUACUUCAACUCAAAGCUUCCAACAUUGCCGGAAGAAAGCUCACUCAGCACUGAAGCUACUGCUGUUCAGCCAUUUGGAAUGCAGCAGCAGCGGCCUUCCUCUGUGUACGGAGCUACGUCCCGACAGCAGCCUGUUGUAGCCAAUCGUCAGCUGCAGCAGCCACCUCCACCUCCAGGUGUACAGCCACAGGCAGCACAGCAGUCACCGCAGAUGCAGCAGUUGCAGGGCCAGGCUGCUCCCUUUGCUCCUGCACUGUCACCUCAGCAGUCAGCAACAGCAGUGGGCAGCAUCGAAGGACUCCUAGCAUCGGCCGCACAGCAGCAGCAACAGCAGCAGCAGCCUUCGCCACCAGCCGCCGCGUUGGGUGAAUACGAAUUCCUGAGGCAAGCACCGGCAGCCCCUAUGAUUCUAACUGUGGAACAGGCAGCUGCUGCAGCACCGCCACCACCACAGCAGUCACAAGUAGUCCCCCCAGGAUUCACAGCCCAACAGACGGCACAGCUUCCCCUGGCAAUUGCUCCCAGGCCACCAUUAGCAACCUUACCUUUUGGAGCCGAAGUACCACAGUACGUGCCCAAACAGUCGGUGCGACCUCCACCGAAGCUUAUGCCACGCCCUCCCAUCAGUACAUUUCAGCCAACUCCAACAGAUCUGCAAGCAUUCCCUCGACUGCCGGCAUCUGUUGUGCCGCAUGCUAGCAUGAAUGGCCUGCGGCAAGGUGCCAGGCUGGUCGCUGAGCACCACGCAGGUGACAAGGUUGUGCAUGGGGGUGCCACAGCCAAGCGGCCAUUGUAUCCUGCAUCGCAAGAAACAAUGGAGACCGUUGAAGGCCAGUACAGCAGCAGCAGCAACCUCGUGCGUCCGAUGGCAAGUGGUUUCAUGCCAGCUGAUAAUACAGUCCCUGCUGCGGGCAAGAACAUCAACUUCGCCAUGCCAAAGGUUGCUACGCAGCCAAAGAGCCGGACCAGGUCUCGCAGCAUGUCUACACCGCAGAGCAACUCCAAAAUGUCCACUGCGUCGGCUGCUGCCCCGGUUGCAAAGCAGGCUUUGUCUCUAAAUCAGCUACCCCAAGUCAACUCACCACCACAGAUCUUGACACCCAACCUCUCGGUGUCCUCAUUGCCAGGAUCCAUGCCAUCCAACUCAAUAUCUCCACCCUUGCAGCAAAGUGCUGUUCUCACUCAGCUGUUAACAUCAGGCAAUGGCUUUUCGUGGGAAGCUCAGGCGGCGGGUGGGAGCCCCACAGCAAACAGCACUGGGGGAGCCCCCAGUCCUCCCACAGUCACCAUCAUCAACUCUGUGGCACCAUCACUACCCGCAACAGUUGCACAGCCACAGACGUUUGUCAUCUCUCCAGUCACACUCUCUCAGAUCUCAAGUACAAACAACUUGCAGCGUAACCUUAUUGUUGGCUCAGCAUCCAUCAUGUCAUCAUCCAUGCCCAUAAUUCCUUCAAAACAGCUCAAUCCAACUGUUCCAGCAGUUGGGCCGCAAGCCAAGACUGCAGAUGUCCCUGCAGGCUCAGUUUCAUCAAGCCCAGCAAAGCCAUUUAGGCCCAAGUCAGAUGAGGAGCGCUUUCAGUACAAGGAGCACCGAAGGGUGUGCCACAUCAAUGCGGAGCAGAAGCGACGCUUCAAUAUCAAAAAUGGCUUUGAAUCCUUGCGGCAUCUGCUGCCAUCUCUGAGCCAGAACCCAGACUCAAAGGUCAGCAAAGCACAGAUGCUGCAACAAGCUGGGGAGUACAUCCGAACGUUAAAAAAUGAGCGUCAGCAGCAGCAGGAAGAAGCAGACAGGUUGAAGAAGCAGAUAGAGUCCUUCAACCAGGAAAUCAGCUUGUACCAGAACCAGCUCCCCGCAACAGGUGUUCCAUUGCCGUGCCAACGAACGAAUCAUCUAAAAGAAAGCUUCGAAGAAUAUGUGCGGACCAGGACACUUCAGAAUUGGAAGUUUUGGAUUUUCAGCCUUCUUUUGGAGCCCCUGUUGGAGUCGUACAACCAGACUGUCUCAAAGGCCGGGUUUGAUGAAAUGUGCAAAACAGUGCUCGUUUGGGUGGAACAAUACUGUUCACUCAGGGCUCUAAGGCCAGGUGUCCUGGAUUCAUUGAAGCAUCUUAGCAAAUCUACAAAUAUCCUUUCUGACCCAAGUCGGCUACCGGAGGAAGCCACACAGGCAGUUACCAAGAAGGAGUCAGUGCCACAGUUCAAGUUCUCAACUCAGCGUCAGAAAGAAAGGUAACAGUUCCUGUGAACCCACCGACUAGCAAUGCAAGUAGUGGUCCACAGAGAAGUCAGCCCCCCAAGGCUACAAUUGGAGUCAUUGCAGCGAAGCCAUGGCUUCCCUUUUCGGCUGGGAUAUGCUACCCCGUCUGCAGUGGCACAGAUAAGUCACUUCAGCUACCUUCAGCCACUGGGGCCACCAUGUGGCCACAUUGUAUUGUGUAAAUGCCGACAGUGCCCAUUCUUUUUGGAGGCAGCUUGCAGUGUAAGAUUAUGUGAUUGUGAGAGAGAUUCUCUCUCUUCAUUCGUGCCUUUUUGUCGAUUGCUUGCUCUUGCUUCUGCUUUGCUGAAUUACCUCCUCCUCUCUGUUUAGCCACAUGUGACCUUUUUGUACACACUGUCAUCAUUAUCACUUGAAUAUGUGGUCUCCUUAUGGAAUUGCAUGAGUAACAUGCCUUGCUCUCUCUUUACCUUAUCUCUCAUCUUUGCAGUCAACAAGACUUCUGAAUUAUUUUUUCUAUUUACUUCACAUCUUUCACACAUCUAAUGUGUCCCACCUAUCAAUGCCACUGCCCACUUCAGAGUUCUUUAAUCAUACUAGUUUGUGAAACUCCAUUCCAAAGUUUGGACAUGCCUAUAGACGAAUUUACAGAGGUUAGCAAAAUCGUGUGCCACCUGCGUGCAGCUACAGAUAAGGCACCAUCGUUGCAGUCUUCACUUUCGUUGCAUGAGUUACCGUGGCGAGAUCAGGCAAACACUAGAAAGCUCGAAGAGUUCUGUGGCCACACUACCAUGUGUAAAAUGUAAGCCGCAAACGUUAACCCACUGCUCGCUUUAUCAAGCAUGCAGUCUUCGGCAAUGCAAAAUACAAGAGAAUACGACUUAUUAGUUUGUACCUUUGCCAGCAGGUGUCAUGAAAAUCGGCAGACCUCUGUGAUUCUGACAAAAUGCCGUGUUUGGAUUCCGAUACGUGGAGCCUGGGGAGUUUUACAGUCGUAUGGUUAAAGAACUCUGGCCGAUCUUCUGUAAUUUGAGCGAGGGAAAUAUUGGAACCUGGCAUCAUUUUGCUGUGGCUUGCAAAAUUUGCCCUCUUGCCUAUCUGUGAGCUAGAAAGUUUAGUUUUGCAAGUGCAGUCCAGUGUGUGCCAUCAGGCACUUGUCGGGACUGCAGGAGUGCAUUAUGUACUUGGUUUGCGACAUCACAAACUGUGUUAGUGCAAAGAUGCUGGACAGGCAUUAUUUUAAUUUAAAAAGGUUUAUUCCUUUACUGAUCGUGUUUUGCUAGCAAGGGCUUCUUAUACAGCUUGAAAAACUAUUUUUGUACUGUGCUGGCACCAGUUGCAGGAGUGCUAAUUAAUUUAUCGCCUUUAUUUAGAAGAUCUUAUAGAACUGGGUGGUGCGUGAAUCAUGAAAUUUCGUUGAUUUGCCCUCAGCAUGGCUGAAAAAUUGGAAAACAUGGGAUGUUAACCCAGCUUGUAUACUUGCGAGGUGAUUUGUAUAUAUACCUUUACGCAUGCCUACGAAUAUACUGUGUGUGUCAUUUCCCGAAGCUUUGUACAGUGUUUACCCUUUUUAAUUGAACGUAGAGCUGCAAGUGCUGCUGUAGAUAAUCCACUGGCACAGUAACGUUAAGAAGUAGUUACCCUAUGCUUCUGUGCACAUUAAACUUCCAUUAAUUUGGCCGCUGUGACACCUCAUUAGAAUGAGCCUCAUUAAUGCAUUUUUCAGACUGAUAAACAUCGGAGAAACUUUGAUCUAUAAGCCUGUCAUUCAAUUAAAAAUAUUUCAGUACUACGUAUUUCAAAGCACCAAUUAUUUUAAAAUACUGGCCAAAAUUUGAUGCUUUCUUAGUAUAAACAGCACCUAAAAUUAAUUCUUUUUUAAUCAGAAAUUUUGCACAUAUUUGCAAGCAACUCAGCUAUAAAAAAACUACCAGAUGGACUCAUGCCAGUGUCACAUCCCAAGCUUGGAAGCCCGAAAUUGGGGAAAAAGAAUUAAACUGAGAACAAAGAUCGAAUAACAGAAAUUCCCAUCAAUGUAUUCUAAGUAAUAAAGCAUAUUUCAACUGACAAAUUCGAAGUAAUUAUUAACAGCUUUGAAGUAAUGGGGAUCUCCAAUGACGUGGGUGGCAUAGAAGAUUACUUAGUUGACGAAUGUUCUUCGCUGCUGUAAUCCAACGUUGCUCAAGUUACUGCAUUUCAAUCCAAUCCACUCAAGCAGCUUGCCGUACUUGGGGCUAACCUGUUAAUACCAUCUAUUGGCUUUUCCUUUGUAUAUUCCUCCUGACAUAUUAUCUGACUAGAAAAAGUACAACUGGCAUUCCAUCUUAACACCGAUAGCACACAAAAGGAACAACACACAGAGCUACGAUGCGGGCACAGUGCUACCUCUGUGUGUUGUUCCUUUUGUGCGCUAUAGGUGUUAGAAUGGAAUACCACAUACCCAAGCUCAUGUUCUUUCAAGUUACAAUGGGUAGUUAACCUGCUUAUCUUAGUGCAGUCUUUAUCUCAAAAAAAUAAUAAAAGACUGACUUUCCUUUUAGCUUGCUUUCUGUUUGGCAUUUACAUAGCAGUGAAACACCUGUGAAAAGCACCUUUUGAAUAUUCCCUUAAUAAUCAUGUUGGUUGUGUCAGUCUCAUUACUGCUUAGCCUAUCUUUUGUAAAAAAUUUUUCCAGUCUCAUCAGUCUAGCCAGAGGUACAAUUCCUGGCCACAUUUUUAAUGAAAUUUGUUUCACUCUCUUGCAAACAGCAGUGAAAGCUGCGCAGUUGCCUUAGUGUGUACAUUCCUUCGUCCUUAAGGGGAGAUGCUACUCGAAGACACUUUUUCUUUAAUAUUCAUCCUAGAGCAAUGAAACUUGAGUUGAUUAUAGAACUUUUUAUGCUGAUUUCAAAUAUAUAAUUAGUUUUCUUGCAAGUUGCAUACUUUUAGUUCUGCAACAUGACAAAGUGAAAAACU